AAAAAAAAUAUGAUCUUUCAGUCAAACAUGUUUAAAAAUGAGUCAAUCAAAAUCCCAAAUUGUAUUUUUAUUAUUAUUAAAAAAAUUCCAGUGGUAUUUGUUCUAUGUUUACUUGCUUGGUCUUAUUAUGUCUACAUUCAUCAUUUAUGUCUUGGUUACAUCAAAAUUCCUGAGGUGAAAAAGUCCUAUAUUUUGAUAUAUCACAUAAUUCUUGUAUUUUUCAUGUGGUCAUACUUAAAAACAAUUUUCACAAAACCAGGAGAAGUGCCUGAAAAAUUUAAACUUCCGAAAGAUACUUUUGAAAAAUUCAAUAAGCAUAAUAAUGAUUUAGAUGGACAGAGAAGAGUAUUAACAGAAUUUGCAAAAGAUUUACCAAUUAGUACUGUUACUAAUUCUAAUGAUGUAAGAUUUUGUGUAAAAUGCAGAGUAAUAAAACCUGAUAGAUCUCAUCACUGUAGCUUGUGUGGUAAAUGUGUAAUUAAAAUGGAUCACCACUGUCCAUGGGUCAUUAAUUGUGUGUCAUAUUCAAAUUACAAAUUUUUUGUACUAUUUUUAAUAUAUAAUUUGUUGAUGAAUGUAUUUGUUGUAACUACAUCUUUGUCAUUUGUGUUGAAAUAUUGGAAAACAACUCUUAAUUUAGAAACCCAAGAAAAACCUUAUAAAAUUCACAUUAUUCUUUUGUUUACAAUUGCAUCACUUUUAUCAGUCACUUUGUUUUCAAUGCUUGUCUAUCAUAUUUAUUUAUUAUCCAAAAACUGUACAACAUUAGAAUCAUUUCGUCCUCCAAAAUUUAUGGAAAGUUAUGAUAAAAAUGGAUUUAAUUUAGGUUUUUAUCGAAAUAUACAAGAAGUUUUUGGUAAAAACAUAUUGUUAUGGUUUAUUCCUUUAUUUACCAGUCUAGGCGAUGGAGUAACGUUUGAACUCAACAAAAAAAUUCCAGAAACUCAGAGUCUAUUAUACAAAGAUGUAUACGAAAAGAAUACUUCAUAUGGCUAUUUUUAUUAAACAUAAAAUUGCAAGUUAAUGUAAGUAAAUGUAGUUUCAAUUGUAGUUUAAUAGUUUUAUCAAUUUAACAACAAUCAAUUAAACAUAGUUUUAACAAUC